AUGCCCGCCGCCGAUAUCUCCUCCGUUCCUGCCGUCUCCGGCAAGGAGACCGCUCAGUCGGUCGCUGUCCUCGAGGACCUGAUCAAGAACCUCAACGUCUCGACCGGCCCCGAUGAGCUGAACGCCGCUGCUGGCAACCUCGCCUCUCUUUUCGGUGGCCCUAUCCCCGAGCAGACGCUUCCCCUGAAGGCCGUUGAGACCUUCAAGAAGCAGCUCGGCAACAAGAAGGAUGCUCUGGCCCGUGAGCGUGCCCUCGAGGGCAUCCGGGCUAUUGCCUCCAACACUACGGUCGCUCCCGGUGUUGAGCCCCACCUCGUGACUCUCCUUGGCCCCGUGCUCGCCGCGGUCGGUGACAAGAUGGUCCCCGUCAAGGAGGCCGCUCAGAUCGCCGCCGCCUCUAUCGUUAAGGCUGUCAACGGCAACGCCGUCAAGGCGAUUGUCCCCCCUAUCCUCGAAUCCCUUGCCAACGCUCAGAAGUGGCCCGAGAAGAUGGCCGCUCUGAACUGCCUCAACGCCCUUGUCGAGUCCGCCCCCGCUCAGCUCUCUUACCAGGUUCCCCGCCUCAUCCCUGUCGUCUCCGAGGCCAUGUGGGACACCAAGGCUGAGAUCAAGAAGGCUGCCUACUCCACCAUGGAGAAGGUCUGCGGUCUCAUCGUCAACAAGGAUAUUGAGCGUUUCAUUCCCGAGCUCAUCAAGUGUGUUGCCAAGCCCGAGAACGUCUCCGAGACCGUUCACCUGCUCGGUGCCACCACUUUCGUGUCCGAUGUCACCGGCCCCACCCUGGCUAUCAUGGUGCCCCUGCUUGACCGCGGUCUCGUUGAGCGUGAGACCGCCAUCAAGCGUAAAUCGGCCGUCAUCGUCGACAACAUGUGUAAGCUGGUCGAGGACCCUCAGAUUGUCGCUCCUUUCCUGCCCAAGUUGAUGCCCCGUCUCGAGAAGAACCACGAGACUCUGGCCGACCCUGAGGCCCGUGAGAAGACCCGCCAGGCUCUCGACACCCUGAUCCGUGUUGGUGAUGUCAAGGAUGGCAAGAUCCCCGAGAUCUCCACCGCUGGUGAUAUCUCCACCGUCGCUGCCAUCAUCAAGGAGAUCCUGGAGCCCAAGUUCAAGAACCUCAUUACCCAGGGUGAGGCUGUCAUCAACUACGUUGCUGCCAUCGCUGGUCAGCUCGUCGAUGAGAAGGACAGCGAGGCCGCCAUCUGGACCCAGAAUGCCCUUCCCUACAUCACCGCCCUUGUCGGCGAGGAGUCCGCUCGCCCCAUCGCUGAGACUCUCCGCAAGCGUGCCUCGCCCGAGGCUGCUGCCAACGACGACAUCCCCUCCGACGAGGAGGAGGGUGAGGACCUGUGCAACUGCACCUUCUCCCUGGCCUAUGGUGCCAAGAUCCUGCUUAACCAGACCCACCUGCGCCUGAAGCGUGGCCAGCGCUACGGUCUCCUGGGCCCCAACGGUUCCGGCAAGACCACCCUGAUGCGUGCCAUCAACAACGAGCAGCUUGAGGGUUUCCCCAAGAAGGACGAGGUCAAGACCGUCUACGUCGAGCACGACCUGGACGCUGCCGACACCGAGCAGACCGUCAUCGGCUGGACCCUCAAGAAGCUGGUCGAGGUUGGUCUGGAACCCAAGAAGGACGAAGUCGAGGCCAAGCUCGAGGAGUUCGGUUUCAUGCGUGAGCAGAUGGAGGGCCCCAUCACUGCCCUGUCUGGUGGUUGGAAGAUGAAGCUGGCUCUGUGCCGUGCCGUCUUCGAGAGCCCCGACAUUCUGCUGCUCGACGAGCCCACUAACCACUUGGACGUCAAGAACGUUGCUUGGCUGGAGAACUACCUCAAGACCUCGCCCUGCACUUCCAUCAUGGUCUCGCACGACAGCCGCUUCCUGGACGACGUUAUCCAGCACGUCAUCCACUACGAGCGCUUCAAGCUUAAGCGUUACCGUGGCUCCCUCAGCGAGUUCGUCAAGCGUGUCCCCUCGGCUCGCUCCUACUACGAGCUCGGUGCUUCCGACAUGGAGUUCAAGUUCCCCGAACCCGGUUUCCUUGAGGGUGUGAAGACCAAGUCCAAGGCUAUCAUCCGUGUCAACAACAUGGCCUUCCAGUACCCCGGCACCCCCAAGCCCCAGAUCACCGACAUCAGCUUCCAGGUCUCGCUUGGCUCCCGUAUUGCCGUCAUCGGUCCCAACGGUGCUGGCAAGUCUACUCUCGUUAACGUCCUGACCGGUGAGCUGGUCCCCACCGCCGGUGAUGUGUACCAGCACGAGAACAUCCGUAUCGCCUACAUCAAGCAGCACGCUUUCGCCCACAUUGACAACCACCUGAGCUCGACGCCCUCUGAGUACAUUCAGUGGCGUUUCCAGACCGGUGAGGACCGUGAGACCAUGGACCGUGCCAACAAGAUCGUCACCGAGGAUGACGAGAAGGCCAUGGACAAGAUCUACAAGGUCGAGGGUACCUUCCGUCGUGUCAUUGGUAUCCACUCUCGUCGCAAGUUCAAGAACACCUACGAGUACGAGAUCUCGUGGUCGCUGGGUGACAACAUCGGCAUGAAGAGCGAGCGCUGGACUCCCAUGAUGUCCAACGACAACACCUGGUUGCCCCGUAACGAGAUUAUCCAGUCUCACUCCAAGCAGGUCGCCGAGGUUGACCAGAAGGAGGCUCUGGCUUCCGGUCAGUUCCGUCCCCUGGUCCGCAAGGAGAUUGAGCAGCACUGCGCCAACUUUGGUCUCGACGCCGAGCUGGUCUCCCACUCGCGCAUGCGCGGUCUGUCCGGUGGUCAGCGUGUCAAGGUUGUCCUGGCUGCUUGCUCGUGGCAGCGCCCCCACGUCAUCGUCCUGGACGAGCCUACUAACUACCUGGACCGUGACUCCCUGGGUGCCCUGUCCAAGGCCCUGAAGUCCUUCGAGGGUGGUAUCAUCAUCAUCACCCACUCGCGUGAGUUCACCGAGAACCUCACCGAGGAAGUGUGGGCUGUCAACGACGGCAAGAUGGUUCCCAGUGGCCACAAUUGGGUGCAGGGACAGGGCUCUGGACCUCGCCUGGAGAACAAGGAAGACGAGGAGGACAAGUUUGAUGCCAUGGGUAACAAGAUCGAAGUCCAGAAGAAGAAAAAGCUUACUGGCUCUGAGCUCCGCAAGAAGAAGAAGGAGCGUGCUGCCCGCCGCAAGCGUGGUGAGGAGGUCUUCUCGGACGAGGACGACAUCUAA